AUGUCUCCCUCGCUUCGAGCUAUCACCACGCUGGCCCUGGCCGGUGCCGCCCAGGCUACUACCACCUGGUCCCUCAAGGAUGAAUACAAGGGUGCCGGAUUCUUCGACAAGUUCAACUUCUAUACCGUCAGCCCUGACCCGAACUGGAGCUACGUCCAGUACAGGAACCAGACCGAUGCCAAGACCUUGGGCUUGAUCGGCCAGACUGGCGAGGAUGUCUUCAUCCGAGCUGACCAUACCAACAAGGGCGACGCUGUCGGCCGAAACUCCAUCCGCCUUGAGUCCAAGGAGACUUAUACCCGCGCCCUCAUCAUUGCCCGCUUCUCCAAGCUGCCUAAGCCCGUCUGCGGUUCCUGGCCCGCCUUUUGGACCUAUGGUGAGCCGUGGCCCAACGUCGGUGAGAUCGAUAUCAUGGAGACCUGGCAUGACGGCACCGUGAGCAACUCCGUCAUGCACACUGGUGACUCCUCCGUGUACGGUAACUGCAAGCUCGAGAGCACUGGCAUCCGCGGCGGUGCUGGCUCCGUGACGACCAGCAACUGCGACAACCUCUACGCUGACUACGUUACCCAGUGGCCCAACCAGGGCUGCAGUGUCAAGGACACCGACGGCCCGUACGGUACCGCCAGCCGCGCCGGUACCUACGCCGUUGAGUGGACUUCGGAGGCCAUCAAGGUCUACUCCUUCAAGGCCGGUAGCGAGCCCGCCAACAUUGGCAGCAGCAAUCCCGAUACCUCGUCGUGGGGUCUUCCCACCAUGAGGGUCAGCAACGCCAACUGCAACAUUGACCGCCACUUUGCCGACCAGAAGAUUGUCCUCAACAUGGCGUUCUGCGGUAUCCCCGUCCAGGAGAACGAGUUCUGGGUCAACCAGUCCAAGUGCAACACCAAGACCAACUACGCCACCUGCGUCGACUACGUCAAGAACGAGCCCCAGGACUUUGCGGAUGUCAGCUUCCAGAUCAAGGAUAUCCGCGUCUUCACCCAGACCACCGUUUCCACCACCACUACCUCGUCUACCAGCACCUCGUCCACUUCCACUUCGUCUACUUCUACUUCGUCCACCAGCACCACGGAAACUAGCACUGAGGUGACUGAUGAGCCUACUGCCACCGAGACCACUGCGGAGCCCACUGCCACUGACGGUACUGCGGAGCCCACUGCCACCGAUGUCACCGAGGAGCCUACCGCUACUCAUGGUACCGAGGAACCCACUGCUACCGACGGUACUGAGGAGCCCACCGCUACUGAUGGUACCAACGAGCCCACCGCUACCGAUGGAACCAACGAGCCCACUGCCACUGAUGGUACCGAGGAGCCUACCGCCACUGAUGGUACCGAGGAGCCCACUGCUACUGACGGCACUGAGGAACCCACUGCCACUGAUGGCACCGAGGAGCCUACCGCUACCGACGGUACUGAGGAACCCACUGCUACUGAUGGUACCGAGGAGCCUACCGCCACUGAUGGCACCGAGGAGCCCACUGCUACUGACGGCACUGAGGAACCCACUGCCACUGAUGGCACCGAGGAGCCUACCGCUACCGACGGUACUGAGGAACCCACUGCUACUGAUGGUACCGAGGAGCCUACCGCCACUGAUGGCACCGAGGAGCCUACUGCUACCGACGGUACUGAGGAGCCUACCGCUACUGACGGCACUGAGGAACCCACUGCUACUGACGGCACCGAAGAGCCCACCGCUACUGAUGGUACCGAGGAGCCUACCGCUACUGACGGUACUGAGGAGCCUACUGCCACCGAUGGCACUGAGGAACCCACUGCUACUGAUGGCACCGAAGAACCCACCUGCACUGACGACACCGAGGAGCCAACCGAGACCGAUGAUGGCCUCGUCACCUCUACUGUCUCCACCACUAUUGUCGAGACCGUCACCGCCUGCCCCGAGACCGUGACUAACUGCCCCAUCGGUGCCGUUGUCACCCGCACCGUCGCUGCCUACACCACCGUCUGCCCCGCCGAGGAUGUCACCUCGGCCCCCGUUACCACUCUCGAGACCGUCAGCCGGGACGGCAGGACCACCAUUACCUCCCACAUCACCACCAUCCGCACCGUGACCCUCUGCCCUCCCAUCGCCACCGACUGCACUCCUGGCGAUGUUGUCACCGAGGUUGUAGCGACCACCAGCGUCUGCGAUGAUGACGAGGUCCCUGCCGUUACUGCUACUCCCAAGCCUAGCAGCCCUGUUGGCAAGACCAACAGCACCUCUCCUGUUGCUCCUUGCAACGGUGAUGACUGCUCUAACCCCGUCGUCAUCAGCGGCGCCGUCAAGGCCGGUAUGAGCGUUGGUCUUGCCGCCCUCGUUGCUUUCUUUGCUCUUUAA